GUCGACUUUGUUAAUGCGAGCUUGUCGGCAGACUGGAAAGCGACCAGAUGGAAUUCUGCACUGCCUUCUUAACAGAUUCCACACAUUUUAAAUUGUAUCGCACACAUUUUUAGCUGACUCUCCUGCUAACUAACAGCCCUGGCGUGACCGCUAACGCCUUUCUGGGAGGCUCGGCUGCGCUGCGAACCGGGACAGAAGCGGUCAAGACAUUUAAAGAUACCAAACAUCUUCCCACUGUCCCAAGGCGUGUGUGUGAGUGUCCAUCAUGCCGCUGUUUGGUAAAUCCCACAAGAGUCCCGCGGACAUCGUCCGGACCCUGAAGGAAAACCUGGCCAUCCUGGUCAAACAGGAUAAGAAGACAGACAAGGCAUCUGAGGAAGUGUCAAAGUGCUUGGUGUCCAUGAAGGAGAUUCUGUAUGGGAGCAACGAUAAGGAGCCGCACACUGAGACUGUGGCCCAGCUGGCCCAGGAGCUGUACAACAGCGGCCUGCUGAUAUCGCUGGUAGAAAACCUGCAAGUCAUAGACUUCGAGGGAAAGAAGGACGUGUGUCAGAUCUUUAACAACAUCCUGAGGAGGCAGAUUGGGACGAGGAGCCCCACUGUUGAAUAUUUCUGCUCCCAUCAGGAGGUCCUCUUCAUACUGCUGAAAGGAUACGAGACACCGCAGGUGGCGCUGAACUGUGGGAUCAUGCUGAGGGAGUGCAUCCGCCACGAGCCACUCGCCAAGAUAGUUCUUCAUUCCGAACAUUUCCACAGUUUCUUCAACUAUGUGGAGAUGUCCACCUUCGACAUCGCCUCCGACGCCUUCGCCACCUUCAAGGAUCUCCUGACAAGACACAAAGUUCUUGUGGCUGAAUACCUCGAACAGAACUACGAUGCUGUGUUUGCAGACUACGAGAAGCUGCUGCACUCUGAGAAUUACGUCACCAAGCGGCAGUCUCUAAAGCUUCUGGGCGAACUGUUAUUGGACAGACACAACUUCACGGUGAUGACGCGCUACAUCAGCAAGCCUGAGAAUCUCAAGCUGAUGAUGAAUCUGCUAAGAGACAAGAGUCCCAACAUCCAGUUUGAGGCCUUUCAUGUGUUCAAGGUGUUCGUAGCAAACCCCAACAAGACGCAGCCCAUCAUCGACAUCCUGCUCAAGAACCAGACCAAACUAAUCGACUUCUUGAGCAACUUCCAGAAGGAUCGCACGGACGACGAGCAGUUCAACGAUGAGAAGACCUACCUAAUCAAACAGAUCAGGGAUCUGAAGAAACCUGCCUCCUAGAGAAGCACCCCUCCCUUCCCUCUACCCCAACUUUUUAUCAAUAGGAAGACAUAGAAAAAAAAACACAUUAACAAUAAUGGUUAUUCUAUUUAAAAGAAAUCUUCAAGACGUUAUUUGUCUUUUUUCUCUUUGUUGGUUCAUUAAAAACUUGUGCAAGAGUAGUUCUUAA